UGCUGAAUAAAUGUACUUUGUUUUACUGUUUAUAAUUGAGAUUUUAAAGAAUAAUUAAAUAACCCUGUAUGGAUUAUUCACCGCAGAAGAAGAGGAGCGGGCUCCCCCGGGAGGUGUGGAGGUGGCUGCAGAGUCUCGAGCUCACGGUGUCCCCGAAACACAUCCGCAGAGAUUUCUCUAACGGUUAUCUGGUGGCUGAGAUUUUUUCCUGGUACGUCCCCGAGGAGUUCUCUCUGCACACAUACGAUAACGGAGCGUCAAUCGGCGCCAAGCAGAGCAACUGGUCUAAGAUCGAGAAGGCGCUGGCCAAGCGACGCAUCAGUUUGAUUAAGGAGUCCGUUAAUGGUACGAUUCACUGCAAACCAGGAGCAGCCGAGGCUUUAGUUCAGGAGAUUUACACACUGCUGACCAACAGGAGGAUCCAGAGUGCCCAGGAGGAGGCGCUAGACUUCACUGAUCAGAGUUAUCAGGAGCAGCUGCCCAUGGUGGCUCGAUCCACGGCGUCGAAAGCCAUUAAAAACAACGUGAGUCUGAGCGAGGAGCUGGCUGAGAAAAACAUCAGCACCAAGCAGAGGAACAUCCAGAACAUCAUCCACCGGCACCUCGAGCACCGGAGAGAGGAGAGGAGCCAGAACCCUCAACGUUUUAACGUGAAGCCCACGCUGGGAGAGCAGGCCGUCCGACUACCACCAUCGCACUGGCAUAAAUGAGAACUGCAGCACAGACGUGCUGAUUGAUGGGAGUCGCAGGACACCCUGCAGGGAUCAGAUUCCCGCUUCACUUCAGUUCAGUUUUUUUUUUAAACAACAUAUUUACUGUCUUUAUAAUCAGACUGAUCGUACUUAAUCUCACAGCACACUCGCCUCGGGUUCAGCAUCAUAACGAGUGUGUAAUGAGACGUGCACUGAGUGUGAUGAUUUAAGCUUCCAUUACCUCCCAGCCAUAUUAGACUCAUAGCUUCAGGAUUAAAACGUUCAGACACUGAGCGACUCGACUGCGUGGAGGAGAAACGGGACUGAAA